AUGCGCUUUUCAGUCCCUGCAAUCCUUGUUCGAGUAUUUAUACGCACCUCUUUUGGGGGCGCUCUCCAGGUCAUCGACGAAGAUCGUGAGUGUAAGAUAUACUCUAAUGAUAACCAUGGAUGCACAGGCUACUCUGCAUCGUUUGGAAAAUUGAACGGAGACGAUUGCUCUGAAAUAAGCGAGGUCGUGAAUGGCACACGCAAAGAUUCGGCUAGUAUUGAUGUAGCGGCAUGUGGCACUGAAAACGGCAAGAAUGUUGCUUGGAUCCUGGUCAACCAGACCGGUGAAGUCACUUUCUUCAAUCAGAACGGUGACAAAGCUGGCUCAUGCAACGCGUCUGACCAUGAGCCCUUGACCACCACAAGUGCAAUCCUCCCUCUGAGCCUUCCUGCGACUUCGACGCCUGCUCAAGGAUCUUCUUCGUCCACAGCUUCAAGCUCCUCGGACACCGGAUCUUCCCCGUCGACCUGUGCCUGCGCCUAG